AUGGCGGGCGGCGAUUUCCCUCCCGUGGCGGUUGCCCCGGAAAGGGAUCGGGAGGCAGACGAGCGGCUGUUGAAGAAGAAGAAGAAGCCGGAGCCGGAGCAGCCGCAGCCGCAGCCGGCGGCGGAGGAGGCGACGGGCGUCAACCCUCUCAGCCCGAGGUACAGCGAGUACGACCCCAAGCAGAGGGAGCACGUGUACACCCGCUUCUGCUUCGAUCCCAGGCUCGAUCUCUACAAGGAGUCUCCUUAUGGUCCAACGCGCCAUACUGACAAAACCUUCGGAGAGGGAUUCCCAUUGUCUAACUCAGCAAAUAUUCUCUCUGUCAAGAUUGUUUCUUCUGACUAUGGCUACCCACUUGAUGUCUAUGGCACGGUCAUAGCCAGGGAUGAUCUGGAUCGCAAAUGUGUCUAUCUAUUCUGGCACGACAAGGACAAUCGCCAGUUCAUCACCUCAUAG